AAUCAAAUCACGGCCAUUAAAAACCUGCCCCUUCACCGCUCGUCUCGAAGCGUCAGUCACCUCUCGUAUCCGCAACGCAAUCUCCAUUCCACGGUCGUUCCAGCUGUGCUGCGCACGCGCGGAGGGAGAGCUCGAGUGUGAGAGGCGGCGAUCGAGAUGGCGGCGGUGGCGGCGGAGAAGCACCGGAAGGAGCAGGAGGAGGCGGAGGAGGAGUUGGCGCUGGAGGACGGCAGCAUCGAGGAGAGCCCGCGCCGCAGCUUCGAGGACGGCGACGACUACGAGGAUGACGACGAGGGCAGGGAGGAUGAUGACGAGGAAGAGGAGGAGGGCGAUGGUGCCGGUUCAGCCCGCUCGUUCCAGUCCCGCCAGUGGCCGCAGAGCUACAGGGAAACAACUGACACCUAUACAAUUGCUGCAUCCCCAAACUUUGGUUACUUGGGCCCUUCUACAAGCAGAUACUCACUUCUCGAUCUUGGUCGUAGUGAUCUGGGCUCUGACCUGAAGUUGCCUUUAGUAUCGGAUAAGGGUGCCGGAAAGCAGGAAUCUGUUAAGAACUUGCGGAAAUCGCUUGGUUCAAUCAGGGAUGAGAGAAUCUCAUUUCAUUUGCAACAAACUGGUGAAGCCUGCAUUAGUCAAGGAUGCAAUGUGACACAAACAGUCUUCAAUGGGAUUAAUGUACUUGCUGGUGUUGGCCUUCUUUCCACCCCAUUUACAAUUCAUGAAGCUGGAUGGGCAGGCCUUGCAGUUCUAGUAUGUUUCGCAUUUGUUUGCUGUUAUACUGGAAUUCUUCUGAAAUAUUGUUUUGAGAGCAAAGAUGGUGUUUCAAGUUAUCCAGACAUUGGGGAGGCUGCCUUUGGAAGAAUUGGCCGUGUGUUCAUAUCUAUUAUUUUGUAUACUGAGCUAUAUUCAUAUUGUGUGGAGUUCAUUAUUUUGGAGGGUGAUAACCUCACAUCAAUUUUUCCUAGUGCCAGUUUCGAUUGGCUUGGGAUUCAUGCUGACGGGAAGCACUUUUUUGGAGUGUUAACUGCUCUUUUAGUAUUGCCAACAGUAUGGCUUCGAGAUCUUCGAGUGCUCUCAUACCUUUCAGCGGGUGGUGUUAUUGCAACUCUUCUGAUAUUCCUGUCUGUUGGUUUAGUUGGUACUACUGAUGGUAUCGGCUUCCAUUCAACUGGGAAGGCACUAAACUGGAGUGGCAUGCCCUUUGCUAUUGGUAUUUAUGGAUUUUGCUACUCUGGGCACUCAGUAUUUCCAAAUAUCUACCAAUCGAUGUCUGAUCGCACAAAAUUCCCUAAGGCACUGUUUAUAUGUUUUGCAAUUUGCACAGCAAUAUAUGGCUCUUUCGCUAUCAUUGGAUUUCUUAUGUUUGGGGAGAAUACUUUAUCACAAAUCACUUUAAAUCUUCCAAAGCAUUCGGUUGCCUCAAAAGUUGCACUGUGGACCACGGUUAUCAACCCUUUCACCAAGUAUCCUUUUUAUCAGAUCUUGUUAAAGUUCAGGUUUCUAGGAUUACAUUUUUUAAUUGUUUUAACUCUGUAUGGAAUUGCUUCAUCCUUAAUUACAAGCAGAUAUGCCUUGUUGUUAAACCCAAUUGCUCGAAGUUUAGAAGAGUUGCGUCCUGAAGGUUUUUUGAAUGAAACAUGGUGUGCUAUUAUACUGAGGACUGCUCUUGUUGCAUCAACUGUAUGCAUUGCCUUUCUUCUGCCAUUUUUUGGUCUUGUGAUGGCUCUCAUUGGAUCACUUCUUAGUGUACUUGUGGCAGUCAUAAUUCCAGCCUUGUGCUUCCUGAAGAUCGCACACAAUAAAGCGACACGUUCGCAGGUAAUCGCAAGCGUUGUCAUAAUAAUAAUGGGCGUCAUCAGUGCCGCCCUCGGGACGUACUCCUCCAUAAGAAGGAUUGCAGAAAACAUCUGAGCUCUUCUACAGUUGUCAGCAGAUCACUGAGUUUCCUGUAGAUUAUUUUUUGCUAGAAUUACUGAGUUUCCUGUAGAUUAAUUAUUCGGACCACUAUAGUCGACUGAAAACUGCAUCAUUUGCAAUAAUGUAAUCAUGUGCUUUUUUAGCGGCUUCUCUAUCAUUUCGUUGUAUCA